AUGCUUAUAAAGCACUCUUUAUGGCGUCUUCUGGUGGAUCCACCAGAGUUAACCAUUUAUCAUCUCAUAGCUUCAUAUCCUAAUUCACUCAGGCUUUUGCAGAGUGGUUAUACGAUGGGAGAAGACUUUAACCGGUGUGAUUUGUGUCGCGCAAAACUCUGCGGUUUCUCUCCACCCGCUGAUUUAACUCCUACAACAGCACUACUGCCAUGUCUUCAUACUUUUUGUCCGUCCUGUAAAACUAAAUGUGAGCAAGCGUCAAUGAAUCACCAGACGUUAAUCUGCCAGGUUUGCCGUACGGAAUGUCUGCGAUCUCAUGUACUUAAUCUUCCAAAUGCAAGCGAUUGUGCUGUAAGAAAGUGUGAAUCUGCAGUCUGUCCAGAUAAGCAUCAAGCCACAACUAAAUGUAUUAUUUGCAAUGAAGCUUUAUGUGCAGAUUGUAGCCUAGCACAUCAACGCGUCACCGCGACAUCUUCUCAUUUUUUACAAACUUAUGUAUGUAUGACUUGUAUCGCCAGUAGGUUUCAUGAGGGUCCUUCACAUAUGAUAACACCUUUAUCUCAUUUAUCAAAUGCUCACGUCGAUGAAAGUAAAAUCAUGUCUUCAACAGCACGAGAGACAACACACAUUGAUUGCAGUUUAUCAAUGAUACAAGUGCGCAAGAAUGCUUUGACUGAACGUGUUGCUAAUUUAAAGAAGGAAGUUGGGAAUCAAGUUGUACAUAUUUGUCAAGCGGUGAUGAGAAGGGGAAAUGAUCUGUUGCGGGCGUUAGAUGCCGUUCAAUUUUACAAAGGACAAGAGUAUGAUAAACUUCGUAGUGAACUGCUUUGGCAAAAACGACGAUUCAGUAGAAUUAGCUCAUACGCUUCACGCAUCAAAGAUUUCGAAGAUCUCACAACGCUUGUAAUUAUGCGGCAAUUUUUGGAGAACUGUAUAAUAGUUAUUAAAGCAAAGAAAGUCAGUAGUGAGAGGAGCCUGAAUGGCCUGCAGCGUCCAGCGACGAUACAGUUCAAACCAGAUAUAGAACAUAUUCUAGCGAAUAUCAGUCAGUGGGGACGGAUUUUUGCCGAAGUCGAUGAUUUAGGAACACUAAAAACUGUAGAAGUUACGCCAACACCUAUUUCUUCAAAUCCUAUAGAUGUUCCAUUGUUCGACAUUGCAACGAAUAGAUUGAGAGGAUCUUGUCCAUCGACAAAUAUCUAUGUACAACGUUCAUGCUCUAAUGGAUCAGUUGGGCCAAACACUACAAAUCCAAUUACCAUACGACCACCAGUAUCACAGGAGCAUUCUCGGUUUUUACAACAGCAGCAGUUUCAUGUUCAGGAGUUGGCAGCGAGACAAAUGCAAAAUGCUCGGAGACCAGGAUUUCCACAGUCGCAGUUUAUCGGUCCUCUGCUGGCUGAAAAUGCUCAACGUCCUGGAUCUAUUCAGUUGCCAGGCCCACGAUAUUCGUACCCAUAUGUUUCUGGGUUGACUCAGGCCGAGAGACCUUAUGUUUCUCCGUAUACCCUACCUGCUGGGCCGAUCCUCCCAUAUGCUUCUCAACGAAUGUUUUUGCCAAGUUCUGUGCCAACUCAGCAACCACCAACAACAAAUUUAGCAUGUAACAACGUUAACCGAGUCUCGAGUGUUCAAUUAACAGGCUCACAGUCCGGAAACAGCUUAUCUAGUUCUUCUUUUCCUCCAGGGACCCAUGCGAGUGCGAUUCUUAGACGAGAAUUAUUGAUGCAGGCUAAUCGGCAUAGCAUGAUUAAUCCCUCGCCGGUUUCAAACGUGGAUUCGAUUUCCACUUUUGCUCUUUCUCCUACUACACAAACCAUAUCAUCAUCCACUUCAAUUACAACAAAUACCUUAUCCGUAGACAGUUCAAACAACUCUGUUAUAUGCACUGAAGAUGUUGACACAUCUGCACCUGAUGAUAGGUCCGGUGUAUGCUUUAAUUCACAAGUCUCUAAUCUCAGUGUAAUACCUUCGACCCAACAAAAAUGUACUCCUACCAAUUCUGGAACGUCAGCAAGUACAUGUGUUAGCUCACCACCACCAAAAGACCCAGAACCAGCUCCACUGAAAAUAACAGUUAGCAUCAAAAAAAGCAAUGACGAAAUUGCAAAGAUAUCAAAUAUGUUCAAGUCGGAUUCAGAACCGAUGAGAACUGGAAGUGGGCAGCAAGCAGGAAGUUCGGCAGAUAAUGAUGAGUCAAGAUGGGAUGAUUAUUGCUAUGUUUGCCAGCAAGGCUGUGAUGAAAAAACUGGCUCUCUUGGUUGUUGUGCGCGUUGUCCACGUGUUUUUCAUAAUAUUUGUCAUAUCCCGGCCAUAAAAGAGCUGAUGGAGAAUUUACCGUAUGUUUUUGUGGAGGUUAUUGAGUGGGAUGAAUGGGCAUGCUCACUAUGUACUGAAGCAGAACCAUUGCACGAAAAUGCGGGUACAAUGGGACAACGCGAGAGACUACUCUGCUCAAAGGUUUUAUUGAGUUGCUAUGAAAAACAUUUGGAUGUGGAACCAUUUUGUCAGCCUGUACCACGAACUGUCGUUAGCUAUCAUAUGAUCAUCAAACAGCCUAUGGAUUUUUCUACUAUUGCACGACGUUUGAAAGAAAAGUCGAAGGAUGCAUUCACGAACGUUGCACAGUUUAUUCAGUGCAUGAACUUACCAGGUGAUGAAGUAGCGAAGGCGGGACGUUCUGUCUAUCAAAUAUAUAGUAAAGCUGUAAAGGAAAAUCUUCCGUGUAUGAAAAGUCAAGUGUGGUUAUAUGUGAAUAGAUAUUCGGAAAAUCGUCAUGCAGGACUAAUACAAAAAGAGCAGAAUGCCCAGGCUUCAUCCUCUACUUCACGGGUGCAUGAAACAUCUGCAGAACCUGUCACUAAGAAGCUCAGAAAGGAAGUUAAAAGUGAAUUUAGUGAAGUCACUUAA